AUGCUGAGCUCCUGGUGGUUGUGUCUCUCGGGGUUGGUGUUUGCUGUGCUGAUCCCAGCAGGGUGGCAGAUGGGCCCCAAGGACUUGGCUGAUGCAUCCAGCAGAUGGCAGGAAUACGAAUCCCAAAGCACCCAAAGCUUCACAUCCAACAUCAAGAGACACUCAGAAGGGACUUUCAGCAGUGACUUCACCCGUUACCUGGACAAGAUGAAGGCCAAGGACUUUGUGCACUGGCUGAUCAACACCAAGCGGCACAGCUCAACAAAAAGGCACCUGAAGGAGGAGCCACACAGCAUCCCCUUCCCAGCCCUGAUGUAA